GUGGGCCGGCGGGCGGUGCAGCUGCGGCCUUCACUGCGAACCGCCGCCUGUGGCAGCCGGUUGCAACGGGGCAACGCGCUGGACAUGCCGUGGCCCCCACCCCAGCGGCAGACAUCCCCCCUCCCUCCAGAGUAGAUGCAUCGCGGUCCUAGGGUCCUGGGGAGCGUUUUCCGCCUGGAGAGACUGCGCCGUCACCUGCUGUCCAUGGAGAACGCCAGCACAGCCGCCGACUCUGCGGAAGUCCGGGAACGCUGCACUGUCACCGCGGGAAUUAUCAUCAUUGGGGAUGAGAUCUUAAAGGGCUACACUCAGGACACCAACUCGUUCUUCCUGUGCCGGAGGCUGCGGUCACUGGGGGUGAAGGUGGAGCGGGUGUCGGUGGUGCCGGACGAGGUGGAGUCCAUCGCCGGCGAGGUGUCCUCCUCCUCUGCCCGCUUCCGCUACGUGCUGACCUCGGGGGGGAUCGGCCCCACCCACGACGACGUCACCUUCGAGGCGGUGGCCCGCGCCUUCGGAGAGACCACCUACCCCCACCCGGAGCUGGCGGAACUGGUGAGCCGGCUGUCGGGUCAUGGGGCCACCGGCAAGCUGGCCGUGGUCCCCCGCUCCGCCCAGCUCCACUACGGCACGGACCCCCUCACCGGCCGGCCCCUCCCCUACCCGCUGGUCAGCGUGCGCAACGUCUUCCUCUUCCCCGGCAUCCCCGAGCUGCUGGAGCGCGCCAUGGGCGGGCUGGAGCACCUCUUCCGCAACCAGGAGCUGUGCUACUCUGUCCGAGAGGUCUUCGUGGACGCCGAGGAGACGGAGAUCGCCCCGGCCCUGGAAGAGGUGAACCGACGCUUCGGGCGGCGGGUGGGGCUGGGCUCCUACCCCGAGUGGGGCAGCAACUUCUACCGGGUCAGGUUGACCCUGGACUCGGACCAGGAGGAGCCGCUGGAGGAGGCGCACCGAUUCCUGGCCAGCCGACUGCCCCCGGGCUCCAUCGUGCCCCUGGAGAAGGACCCGGUGGCCGUGUCCGCCCGCGACGUCUAUCGACUGGCUCAGUCAGAGUCACGGCUUGGGGAGAAGGUGUCAGCAGCUCUGAGCACAGUGGAGGCUGCGUUAGCCCAGUACAGUCUGUCCGAGCUCUGUGUGGGAUUUAACGGGGGAAAGGACUGCACAGUCCUGGUGCAUCUGUUCCAUGCAGCUGUCAGCAGGCUCAGUGCUGGGAGCAGGCACGAACUGCAGGCUCUCUACGUCCGAAUUGUGUCGCCUUUCCCCGAAAUGGAGCAGUUCAUUCAGGACACCUGCAAGCGGUACAACCUUCAGCUCUACACUGUGUGCGGGAACAUCAAGGAGGCGCUGACGGACCUGAAGGCGCGCCACCCCCACAUCAAGGCCGUGCUGAUGGGCACCCGCCACACUGACCCUUACUCGCGGACCCUGAGCCCCAUGUGUCCGACUGACCCGGGCUGGCCUGAGUACGUGCGGGUCAAUCCAUUGCUGGACUGGAGUUACCAUGACAUCUGGGAGUUCCUCCGCACCCUCUAUAUCCCCUACUGCAUCCUCUACGACAAGGGGUACACCUCGCUGGGCAGCAUGGACAACACCUGCAAGAACCCCAACCUGCGCUACGUGACGGGCUCGGGCCACGAGCGAUACCGACCCGCAUUCCAGCUGGAGAAGGAGACCGAGGAGCGGACGUCCCGCACGUAAUUGGUGCAGCUACUCACUGGGUGGUCCCGUCUGCCGCCCGAUCCCCCUCCCCUCGCCCUCCCCUGUCCCCCCCAACCUCUCCUCUCACCCCCUCCCGUCCCCCUCCCCCCAACCUCUCCCUUCAACCCCGCUUCCCAUCCCCCAUCCCCAUCACCUCCCCUUCCCCUCCCCUGUCACCCCCUCCCCAUCCCCUCCCUCCAACCUCUCCCCAAUCCUCCCCUUCCCCCUCGUCUUCCCUCCCCCUCCCCUCCCCCCAACUUAACCUCCCCUCACCCCCUCCCCUCCU